AAAUCUUGAGCAAAUAAAUAAUUGUUGCUGUCUUGAGCAAUAGAUCACUGACACAGUAGGAAAUGACAUUUAGGGAGCUAGGCAUACUCAUUGCUACUGGGUGUCAUUAUUUCUAGGUCCUUCCAGUGGACAGAGCUAGGAAAUACGUGUUAGGUAUCAGGAGUUUAUGCUGAUACCUCCAAUUCUAAUCCAACUCCACAGGGGCUCCACCUUUUCUUAUCACCAUCCAUACUUGUAUUCACCCUCUUCCACAAUGAAAUCCCUGGUUUCCAACAUCAGCACAAUUAUUUCUUAAUCCUACAGUACACAAAAAAUAGUUUCAGAAUUGGUAUACUCUUGCCACUACUAAGUAUAUUAAAAAGAGUUCAAUAUUUGUUUUUCCAAUGUCAAAAACCUAAAUGUAUAGAGAAAAACCAAAAAUUAGUGUAACAGAAUACAUGUCAGUAGAUAUGAUUUGAAUUGGGCAGUGUCAACUUGAAGGGAAAGUGGGUUAUAUAGGUCAUUGUUAAUUUCUCAGGAGAUAACACCAGAGAGCACAGUACAGUCCCUUACAGAAACAGAGUCACCAAGGACAUGCCAAACAUCCUAAAACACAGCCUCUAGUCAGACCCUGGAGUUUCUGCUUCUCAAAGCUGGCUGCACAUAGAUAAUCUUCCAAAAGAACCCAAUGCCUAAGCCAAAACAUUCUCUGCUAAGCUGCUUAAUAGGCUAUUGUUUGACUUGAAGGUGAUUUUAGGGAACCAGUUCCUUUAAGGCUCAUGGUUCAAAAGGACACCUAAAGGCAAAUGGUCUGGGUGAGUUAUCCCAAUUCCAUGAACUCAGAAAUCUAGAUUCCAGGAGAAUUAAAAUGGCUUUGUCACCAAGUAGGUCCACAAACACUCCAUCAGGAGUACAGAAUAUUAUAGCCUUUAAUUUGUGGAGCAGGUCUCCCCAAAGGGUGUGCAGGAGAAUCAAGAGAAAAGUAUGAAGGCAUGUUCCUCAGUCAGAGGACCUAUCUGUAUAGGAACCAUGGAGAAAAAGGAACAAGUAGAAGUCUGACCUGAAAUACCAACAGCCUAUACUGAGCUGUCACCAUAUGCAGUGAGGUAUUUUUGAAGAAAAUGCAAAACAAGUACUACCAGUAUCUAGCAGAAAGGCAAGGAUAGAUUAGCCUGAGGUAAAAGUUACUGACCAGUUCCUUCCUCCACGGAGGUCUUCGAUCUGUCAAUUCUCAGCCAUUUGUCAAUUACUUCCUAGCUGAGGGUGUUGCCUUUUCAGGCUCUCUAAUUCUCUUGUCCCUGCAAUCUCCGCAUCUUCUAGAAUCUCCUACUACAAUUCCUCUUCCAAUAUCCUGGCUCUUUUCGCUAUCGUGACACAGUUUUCUCUUCCUUUGCUCCUUUUAUGGUUUGGCCAGAGUAGGGAUUAUUACCUUUAGUAAGGAGAUCUGCGCAGCUAAUAUAAAAGAAAACCCAACCCCAUUGCAGUCGAGUCCAUUCCGACUCACAGCCGCCCUACAGGAUAGAGUAGAGCUGCCCCACAGGGUGUCCAAGGAGCAUCUGGUGGAUUCCAACUGCUCACUUUUGGUUCGCAGCCUAACGCUUAACCACUGCGUCACCAGGACUCCGAGCAGUUAAUGUAACAGUUUCUAACUUCUUCUUUUCUUUUUUCGUCUCCAGAACCCUUGGCCCCGGCUUGGCAGCGGUCAGGGUUGGUCAACUGAUUGACUGACUGAGAGCAUCGUCCACUCCGGAAGUUAAGAGAAGCACCGAGUUUUCGUCCAAAAGUCCACCCAGUACUGCCUCUUUCCCCCGCUGGGGACAGCCCAGGUGUUGCCAAGACAACGCAAAGCCGCGCGCAGUCGCAAACCGGGCCCGCCGCGAGGACGAGGAUCUGCGCCUGCGCGGCUCCGAUUCUAGGCGGGCAGUUCAAAUUUCACACCGAGUCGCGUCUCGCGAUCUCCGGCUUCCGGCCGAGAUCCAGUCCCGGUGUGUUGCGACUCAGAAGCCGGCGGACGCUUUGGUCCGGCACCGGCGCCAGUUUGGCGUUUGGUGUUGGGGGAUCCUCAAUCCGGAAGGCAUUCCUUGGCUGGGCAGAAGGGCAGGGGUUAACAUUUCCCAGGCUUGGCAGCUUAAGGAAUGGCCUCCUCGGAUCUGGAACAGUUAUGCUCUUACAUUAAUGACAAGAUUGGCAAUAUUAAAAACACUCUGUCAUUAAGAAGCUGUGGCCAAGAACCUGCCUUGAAGACUAUGUUAAAUAAAAUAGGAGAUGAGAUCAUUGUAGUAAAUGAACUUUUAAAUAAAUUGGAAUUGGAAAUUGAGUAUCAAGAACAAACCAGCAAUUCACUCAAGGAACUCUGUGAAUCUCUUGAAGAAGAUUAUAAAGAUGUGCAACAUCUCAAAGAAAACAUUCCUCCCCAUUUGCCUCAAGUAACAGUAACCAAGAGCAUUGCUAAGGGAGCAGAUCUUACCUCUGAAGAACCAGCCAAAGUUGUGGAACCUGCACCCGGAAAUAAGCCCCCAAAAGGACAAAGAAAUAUUAAGGAAAUGCUGUUUAUAACUUCUGAUGAGUUCAAUGGUAUUCCUGCGUACAUGAAAUCCCGCUUAACUUAUUGUCAAAUUAACGAUGUUAUUAAAGAAAUCAACAAGGCAGUAGCUAGUAAAUAUAAGAUCUUACAUCAACCAAAAAAGUCUAUGAGUUCUGUGGCCAGAAACCUCUAUCACAGAUUUAUUGAUGAAGAAACGAAGGAUACCAAAGGUCAUUGUUUUAUAGUGGAAGCGGACAUAAAAGAGUUCACUGCUUUGAAAGUUGACAAGAGGUUUCACGUGAUACUGAAUAUUUUACGACACUGCAGGAGGCUCUCGGAGGUCCGAGGGGGAGGACUGACCCGUUAUGUUAUAACCUGAGGCCUUGUGAGAUCUUGAACCAAUCAACAGUGGGGUAUACAGGCUAUCCCUGUAAUUUCUCUAUAUAUAAUUUCAUUAGCUUUUUCAUUUCCUUUUCUUGUUUCCUAUAAAAAUAAAACUUUUAUUUUGAUAAAGCAUAGGUAUUUUUAAAAUUUACUCCCUUUCAACAAAUAUUUAAGCUCCUGCCUUAAAACCCUCUGUGCUAGCCACAUAAUGGAACCAAAAAUGUUUACAUCAAUUUUUUGUGUUUAGUGGAUGAUGCAGCAGACCCAGUAAGAAGGGUACAGAUAUGAUCAUGGAAGAAAUGGGUCAUGUAGAUACGGUCAAGGAUUCCCAGACCCCUUGGAAUUAAAGAUCAUUAGUGUCUGAACUCUAUCAAUGGCAUUUCAGUCUACAGGAAGACUUCCUAAAAGUUGGAGUUAGAGGCAUGUCAUGCAUGUGAUUUUUCUGCUUUCCCAUAUGUCAUUAAGGGACAGCUUUUAUGAAAUGCAUUCAGUAUAACCCAGUCUGUGAACCUGAACCUGUAAUGAAACUGCAGUGAAAGGACACUGAAACGAAAAAGAUGAUAAAAUGACAUAUGUGAGCAGGCUGAUUGUGGUCACGGACAAUGAGUGAUUAGACUGUAGAAAUUUAGCUACGUUUCUCUCCCGCACCUGGGGAGAGUAUCUGGUCUAAUGUCUGUGCCAUCUGUUUGGCAGACUUAUCCCUGUAACAGAGAAGAAAAAUGUCUCAUCAGGCCUUGUGGCCUGGUUAAGACCAUCGCUAUGAUGACCACGGGGUACAUUGUUGUUAUCCUUUCUUUUUCCUUAAUUUAAAUGCAAGUAUGUUUAAUUUUUCAUGUCUUGCUUUAAAUAAAAGUAAUGGCAUUAUACUUUACUUUGUUUUAAGUCUUUCUUAAUUUUUCUCUAUAAAUUAUUUUUUCCUAUGAAAAAAGUUUUCUCUGUUUAAAGUAUUUC